AUGGCGGCCCCGGUGGCAGCCCGGGAGGCGCGAGGCGUGCGGGAAGCCCCGACCCUUCGCCUAAGCCCGGGGGCCGGCCUGGAGGCGGCGGGCACUGUGGAGCGCGAGGAGGGGGAGGAGCAGGAGGAGGAGGAAGAGGCGGCGGCCAGGAGAGCGCGGAGUUUCGGCCAAGACGCGCGGGUGCGCUUCCUCGGUGGCCGCCUGGCGCAGAUGCUGGGGUUCCCGGAGGAGAAGUGGAGCCAGUACUUGGCAAGCGAAGAAAACCGGCAGGUUCUGGGGGAGUUUCUGGAAAGCACCAGCCCCGCCCACCUUGUGUUCAGCGUCGCCGCCGCGGGGCAGCUCGAGGCCACCUGGGAGAUUCCAAGAGAUGCAAAACAUAAACUUGUUUAUAUUACCAAGAAGAUUACUGAAAGCACCGGAGUAAAUGAUUUCUCUCAAAUGGUUUUAUUUGGAGAGUUACCUGCAUCAUCUUUUGGACAUGUAUCUGUUUUUCUAGACGAGAUUUUAGUGCCAGUUCUUUCUAAUAAGAACAACCAUACAUCCUGGUCCUGUUUUACUUCCCAAGAUAUGGAAUGUCAUAUAGAAGUUGUGAGAAAUAAGAUGCAUAUUUUUAGGGGCAAAAUGUCUGGAAGAACUCUUCUCCCAAUUCCCACUAUUGCAGGAAAGAUUGACCUGGAUCAGAAUUAUUCGAAGACCAUGCUACAGUCAAAUGAAAGGAUAAUACUCCAUGCAAUUGAAUCUGUGGUUAUUAAAUGGUCACAUCAGAUCCAAGAAAUUGUAGAAAAAGAUUCAGUGCGGCCUUUGCUGAAUGAUUUUCACUUCACUCCACAAACUGAGCUAGAUUUUUGGACGAUGAGGAAGGAGAAUCUGUCAUGCACUUAUGAUCAACUUCAGGCUCCUAUUGUCCUCAAAAUGGUUAAGAUCUUGAAAGCUAAAAAGAGCAGCUAUUUUCCUACUUUGAAAGACAUCUUCCUGGCUGUGGAACAUGCUCUCCUCGAAGCCCAAGAUGUGGAACUGCACCUGAGACCUCUGAGGAGACACAUUCAGCGUCUCCAGGAGACGGAAUUUCCACGGACUCGUGUAUUGAUCGCCCCAUUAUUUCAUACCAUCUGUCUGAUCUGGAGUCACUCCAAGUUUUAUAACACCCCUGCUCGAGUUAUAGCUUUAUUGAAAGAGUUUUGUAAUCUCUUCAUUGACCAGGCAGUAGCUUACCUUUCACCCGAGGACCUUCUGAAGGGAGAAAUUGAGGACUCGCUGGAAAAGGUGCAGGUGGCUGUUAACAUCUUAAAGACUUUCAAAAAUUCUUUUUUCAACUAUAGAAAAAGAUUGGCAAGUUAUUUCGUGGGAAAUAAGGAGCUCAGACCAUGGGAUUUCCAGUCUCAUCUGGUGUUUUGCAGAUUUGACAAGUUUCUUGAUCGUUUAAUGAAAAUAGAGGAUAUAUUUGUGACCACAUUGGAAUUCGAAAAGCUGGAAAGACUGGAAUUUGGCGGUGCCAAGGGAGCAAUUUUAAAUCAACAAAUCCACGAGAUGAGUGAAGAAUUUAUGGAACUCUGUAAAGUUUUUAAACAGAGCACUUAUGACCCAUCUGAUUGCCAGAACAUGGAAUUUGAAAGUGAUUAUGUUGCAUUUAAGUCCAAAAUUUUGGAUUUUGACCGAAGGCUUGGGACAAUCCUUUGUGAAGGUUUCUUUAACUGCAAUGGUUUAGAAGCUGUGUUUAAGCUUUUGACCAUAUUUGGAAAUUUUCUAGAGAAACCAGUUGUCAUGGAAAUUUUCAGCCCACAUUACAGCACACUCGUGCAUAUGUUUAAUACAGAGUUGGAUACGUGUAAGCAAUUGUAUAAUACACACGUGAAACAGAUUGAACAUGGACAUGUGGUUCUUAACAAGAAUAUGCCAUUUACCUCAGGAAAUAUCAAAUGGGCCAAAGAGGUCCUUGAACGACUUCAGAUGUUUUGGUCAAACUUUGCAUCUCUCCAUUAUCUGUUCUUGGGCCAUCCUGAUAAUGCCAUAGUUUAUCAGAAGUAUGUUGAAAUGACCACUUUGCUAGACCAAUUUGAAAAUCAUAUCUAUAAUGAAUGGAAAAGUAAUGUGGAUGAAAUCUGUGAGUUCAAUUUGAAUCAACCGUUGGUUAAAUUUAGUGCCAUAAAUGGUCUUCUCAGCGUCAACUUUGACCCAAAGCUAGUGGCUGUGUUGAGAGAAGUGAAAUACCUUUUGAUGUUGAAGAAACCAGACAUACCGGAUUCUGCUUUAGCCAUCUUCAACAAAAGAAACACUAUUUUAAAGUACAUUGGCAAUCUUGACCUUCUUGUGCAAGGGUAUAAUAAGCUGAAACAGACUCUGCUGGGAGUUGAAUACCCCCUGAUUGAAGAAGAGCUGAGGGCUGUGGACGAGCAGCUGACAGCAGCCACCACGUGGCUGACCUGGCGCGAUGACUGCUGGCACUACAUCGAGGGCGUGAGGGCAACCACCUCCGAGCUGGAGCGCAGGGCGGAGCAGGCGCAGAACAACGUGAAGGCCAUCCAGCAGACCAUGCGGGCCUGGGCUGGGUGUAUGCUCCCUCCCAGGAGAGAGCACAGAAGAGACACGGCCUUGACUUUGGAGGACAAGGGUGAUUUGUUCACUAAAAAAUACAAGUUAAUCCAAGAAGAUGGCUGCAAGAUCCACAAUUUGGUGGAGGAAAAUAGGAAGCUCUUCAAAGCCGAUCCUUCUCUGGAUAACUGGAAAAUUUAUGUAGAAUUCAUUGAUGACAUCGUGGUAGAAGGCUUUUUUCAGGCUAUAAUGCAUGACUUAGACUUCUUUCUGAUGAAUACGGAGAAACAAUUGAAGCCUGCACCAUUUUUUCAAGCACAGAUGAUCUUAAUGCCCCCUGAGAUUGUGUUUAAACCUUCUUUGGACAGAGAGGCUGGGGAUGGCUUCUAUGACCUGGUAGAAGAAAUGCUAUGCAAUAGUUUUAGAAUGUCUGCCCAGAUGGAGCGCAUAGCAACACAUCUGGAAAUAGCAAAUUAUCAGAAUGAUAUGGAUAACAUGUUAGACCUGGCAGAGGUCAGGCAGGAGAUAAUGAAGAGAGUGGCAGACGUCAUCAACAAAGUCUUGGAUUUCAAAAACACCCUGGAGAUCUACGCUUACCUCUGGGUGGAUGACCGAGCUGAGUUUAUGAGGCAUUUUCUCUUGUAUGGUCAUACUGUGUCAUCUGAGGAAAUGGAUGCUCAUGCAAAUGAAGAAAUCCCUGAGCAACCACCAACUCUUAAACAAUUCCAAGAACAGAUAGACAUUUAUGAGGCUUUGUAUGUUCAGAUGAGCAAGUUUAAUGACUUCAGAGUGUUUGAUAGUUGGUUCAAGGUGGACAUGAAGCCUUUCAAAGUGACCUUGUUAAACAUUAUUAAGAAAUGGAGCUGGAUGUUUCAGGAGCAUCUUUUGAGAUUUGUCAUUGACAGUCUGAAUGAGCUACAAGAAUUUAUAAAGGAGACAGACGCAGGACUUCAGGGAGAAUUAAGUGAAGGUGACCACGAUGGUUUGGUUGACAUCAUGGGGCAUCUCCUGGCUGUACGAAGCCGACAGAGAGCUACAGAUGAACUCUUUGAACCCCUGAAAGAAACCAUCACACUCUUGGAAAGCUAUGGCCAGAAGAUGCCUGAGCAAGUCUAUAUUCAGCUGGAGGAAUUACCUGAAAGGUGGGAAACUACCAAAAAGAUUGCAGCAACUGUGAGACAUGAAGUUUCACCUCUCCAAAAUGCAGAAGUCACUCUCAUAAGGAAAAAAUGUAUUUUGUUUGAUACAAAGCAGGCAGCAUUCAGAGAGAGAUUCAGGUGCUACGCCCCUUUUGGAUUUAAUGCAGAAAAUCCAUACACAGUGCUUGACAAGGCAAAUCAAGAGCUUGAGGCAUUAGAAGAAGAAAUGUUGCAAAUGCAAGAAUCUACUCAUCUUUUUGAAGUGGCUCUUCCAGAAUACAAACAAAUGAGGCAGUGUCGCAAAGAAAUAAAAUUGCUCAAGGGACUCUGGGAUGUCAUUAUUUAUGUUAGAAGAAGCACUGAUAAUUGGACUAAAACCCAGUGGAGACAGAUUAAUGUGGAACAGAUGGAUGCAGAACUCAGAAGGUUUGCCAAGGAAAUCUGGUCCCUAGACAAGGAAGUCCGAGUCUGGGGUGCGUACGCAGGCCUGGCAGGCACAGUGAAGGACAUGACAACCUCCCUGAGAGCCGUCGCAGAGUUACAGAACCCUGCCCUCAGGGAUAGGCACUGGCGCCAGCUGAUGAAGACCAUUGGGGUCAAGUUUUCAAUAAAUGAAGCCACGACUUUGGCAGAUUUGUUAGCACUGCAAUUGCACAGAGUGGAAGAUGAUGUCCGAAAGAUUGUGGACAAAGCUGUGAAGGAAUUGGGGACUGAGAAGGUUAUUAUUGAAAUCAGUCAGACCUGGGCAACCAUGGAGUUUUCUUAUGAAGUUCACUAUCGAACAGGCAUUCCAUUACUGAAGUCUGAUGAACAACUUUUUGAGACUCUAGAACACAACCAAGUUCAGUUGCAGAGUCUUCUUCAAAGCAAAUAUGUGGAAUAUUUCAUUGAACAAGUCUUAAGCUGGCAAAAUAAGUUAAACAUAGCAGACUCAGUCAUUUUUACUUGGCUGGAAGUCCAGCGAACUUGGUCUCACCUGGAAAGCAUUUUUGUUUGUUCAGAAGAUAUUCGAAUCCAGCUUGUGAAAGAUGCUAGAAGAUUCGAUGGAGUGGAUGCUGAAUUUAAGGAGUUAAUGUUCAAGACAGCCAAAGUAAAAAAUGUUUUAGAAGCAACAUGUGGGCCUAGUCUCUAUGAAAAACUUAAAGAUUUACAGUACAGGCUUUCUCUUUGUGAAAAAGCUCUCACUGAAUACCUGGAAACCAAGCGCGUAGCUUUUCCUCGCUUCUAUUUCAUCUCUUCUGCUGAUUUACUAGACAUUCUCUCAAAGGAAGCUCAGCCUAAGCAGGUAACACAUCAUCUUGCCAAGCUUUUUGACAGCAUCACAGAUCUGCAGUUUGGAGACAAUCAGGAUGUUUCUGCACACACAGCAGUUGGAAUGUACAGCAAAGAAAAGGAGUAUGUCCCAUUCCAAGCCGAGUGUGAAUGCAUAGGCCAUGUGGAAACAUGGCUUCUGCAACUCGAACAGACCAUGCAAGAAACAGUCCGUCAUUCUAUCACAGAAGCUAUAAUGGCCUAUGAGGAAAAACCUAGGGAACUGUGGAUUUUUGAUUUCCCGGCUCAAGUGGCACUAACCAGCUCACAAAUAUGGUGGACUACGGACGUAGGAAUAGCCUUCAGUAGACUGGAGGAAGGCUAUGAAACGGCCCUAAAGGAUUUCCAUAAAAAACAGGUCGUCAGUCCCCAAGCUUUUGCUUGGCUGUCUCAACUUCGUCACCGGUGGGAAGACACCCAGAAACACUGCUUUGUUAAUAUCUGUGAUGCCCAGUUCCAGUACUUCUAUGAAUACUUAGGAAACAGUCCUCGACUAGUGAUCACUCCUCUGACUGACAGGUGUUACAUUACUUUAACUCAAUCACUUCAUCUCACUAUGAGUGGGGCUCCAGCUGGUCCAGCGGGGACAGGGAAAACAGAAACCACCAAAGAUCUUGGACGUGCACUUGGCAUGAUGGUUUAUGUAUUCAACUGCUCAGAGCAAAUGGACUACAAAUCCAUAGGAAAUAUCUACAAGGGAUUGGUGCAGACAGGAGCUUGGGGCUGCUUUGAUGAGUUCAACCGGAUUCCUGUGGAAGUCCUGUCAGUGGUGGCAGUACAAGUGAAAAUGAUUCACGAUGCCAUCAGAAACAGCAGAAAGAGAUUUGUAUUUCUUGGGGAAGCUAUCACACUGAAGCCAUCAGUUGGAAUAUUUAUUACUAUGAACCCGGGAUAUGCUGGUCGAACUGAAUUACCGGAAAAUCUCAAAGCUCUUUUCAGACCCUGUGCCAUGGUGGCCCCUGACAUUGAGCUAAUCUGUGAAAUUAUGUUAGUUGCUGAAGGUUUUGUGGAUGCACGCUCAUUAGCCCGAAAGUUCAUUACAUUGUACACACUGUGCAAGGAGCUCCUCUCCAAGCAGGAUCAUUAUGAUUGGGGACUUCGUGCUAUUAAAUCUGUCUUGGUUGUAGCUGGCUCCCUGAAACGAGGAGAUAAAAAUAGACCUGAAGAUCAGGUACUCAUGAGAGCAUUAAGGGAUUUCAAUAUGCCUAAAAUAGUGACUGACGACAUCCCAGUGUUUCUGGGCAUGGUUGGUGACCUGUUUCCAGCCCUGGAUGUGCCCCGGAGUAGGAGGCUGCACUUUGAACAGAUGGUCAGGCAGUCUACCCUGGAGCUCCGCCUGCAGCCUGAAGAGAGCUUUAUUCUCAAAGUUGUUCAGCUGGAGGAACUGUUGGCUGUGCGGCACUCUGUCUUUGUGGUUGGAAACGCAGGCACGGGGAAGAGUAAGAUUCUGAGAACACUGAACCGAACAUAUGUUAACAUGAAACAGAAACCCGUUUGGAAUGACUUAAACCCUAAAGCUGUGACAACAGAUGAACUCUUUGGUUUCAUACAUCAUGCUACCCGAGAAUGGAAAGAUGGCAAGAUUGUUUACUCUUAUUUUAUAGGUCUCUUCUCAUUCAUUCUGCGAGAACAAGCAAAUCUUGUGCAUGAUGGACCGAAAUGGAUAGUUCUAGAUGGAGACAUUGAUCCCAUGUGGAUUGAAUCACUAAACACAGUCAUGGAUGAUAACAAGGUGCUGACCCUGGCCAGCAAUGAGCGUGUAGCCCUCACGCCCUGCAUGAGGCUUCUGUUUGAGACACAUCACUUAAGGACAGCAACCCCAGCGACUGUUUCCAGAGCUGGUAUUCUAUAUGUGAACCCACAAGAUUUGGGCUGGAAUCCGUAUGUGGCCAGUUGGAUAGACAGAAGGCGGCAUCAAUCAGAAAAGGCCAAUUUAACUAUUCUUUUUGAUAAUUAUGUUCCCGCAUGCUUGGAUAAGCUGAGAACAAGCUUUAAAACCAUCACUUCAAUUCCAGAGAGUAGCCUGGUGCAGACUAUUUGUACUCUUUUGGAGUGUUUCUUGACUCCUGAAAAUGUACCUUCUGACAGCCCAAAAGAAGUUUAUGAAGUCUAUUUUGCCUUUGCUUGUAUCUGGGCAUUCGGUGGCACCUUGCUACAAGAUCAGCUUUCUGAUUACAAAGCUGACUUCAGUCGGUGGUGGCAUAAAGAGAUGAAAGCAGUGAAGUUUCCAUCCCAGGGAACAAUCUUUGAUUAUUAUCUGGACCACAAAACUAAGAAAUUCUUGCCCUGGACUGACAGAAUUCCUCAAUUUACUAUGGAUCCAGAUGUACCUCUGCAGACAGUUCUGGUUCAUACAUCCGAGACAACUCGUCUUAGAUAUUUCAUGGACCUGUUGCUUGAGAAAGGAAGACCAGUAAUGCUGGUGGGCAAUGCGGGAGUGGGAAAAACAGUCUUUGUAGCUGACACACUGGCAAGGCUCUCUGAGGAUUACAUAGUAUCCCGUGUGCCUUUCAACUACUACACAACGUCCGCGUCUCUGCAAAAAAUUCUUGAGAAACCUCUGGAGAAAAAAGCUGGUCGUAACUACGGUCCAGGAGGAAACAAAAAGUUGGUUUAUUUUAUUGAUGACAUGAACAUGCCUGAAGUGGACUUAUAUGGCACUGUUCAGCCUCACACCCUGAUCCGACAGCACAUUGAUUAUGGACAUUGGUAUGAUAGACAGAAGGUGAUGCUUAAAGAAAUCCACAACUGUCAGUAUGUCGCCUGCAUGAACCCAAUGGUGGGCAGUUUCACGGUCAAUCCUAGACUACAGAGACAUUUCACAGUGUUUGCAUUCAAUUUUCCAUCCUUGGAUGCACUAAACACCAUCUAUGGCCAAAUCUUCAGUUUCCACUUCCAACAGCAAGCAUGUGGUCCAUCAGUCCUCAGGAGUGGCCCCGCUUUGAUCCAGGCAACAAUAGCAUUCCAUGAGAUGAUGACACGUAGCUUUUUACCCACCGCUAUUAAAUUCCACUACAUCUUUAAUCUGAGAGACCUAUCCAACAUCUUCCAGGGAAUUUUAUUUGCUUCUCCUGAGUGUUUAAAAGGUCCAAAUGAUUUAAUACGCCUGUGGCUUCACGAAUCUUCCCGUGUUUAUGGAGACAAACUGAUAGACACAGAAGAUUGUGAUUUGUUUCAGAAAAAAAUACUGGAAACUGCUUAUAAAUAUUUUGAAGGUGUAGACAGUCACGUGCUGCUUCAACAGCCCCUCAUUUAUUGCCACUUUGCUAGUGGCAGGGAGGACCCACGUUACAUGCCAGUGAAGGACUGGGAAGUGCUAAAGACGAUUCUUACAGAAACCUUAGACAGCUACAACGAACUAAAUGCUACCAUGCACCUGGUUUUAUUCGAAGAUGCCAUGCAACAUGUGUGUCGCAUCAGCCGGAUCUUACGAACCCCUCGGGCUUCCGCCCUCCUGGUUGGAGUGGGGGGCAGUGGCAAGCAGAGCUUGUCUAGGCUGGCGGCUUACAUCUGCGGCCUGGAGGUCUUUCAGGUCACUCUCACCGAAGGCUACGGAAUCCAGGAACUUCGGGUAGAUCUUGCCAAUUUGUACAUCAGAACUGGAGCCAAGAACAUGCCCACUGUGUUCCUGCUGACAGAUGCCCAGGUUCUAGAUGAGAGCUUUCUUGUGCUGAUUAAUGACUUGCUGGCGUCAGGAGAAAUCCCAGAUCUGUUCAGUGAUGAAGAUGUGGACAAGAUAAUUUCUGGAAUUCAUAAUGAAGUUCGUGGUCUGGGCAUGGUGGACUCCAGAGAAAACUGUUGGAAAUUUUUUCUGGCCAGGGUACGACUACAGCUCAAAAUCAUUUUGUGUUUCUCUCCAGUUGGUCACACGCUGAGAGUCAGAGCUCGGAAGUUCCCAGCCAUAGUUAACUGCACGGCUAUUGACUGGUUUCAUGCAUGGCCACAGGAGGCUCUGGUCUCAGUCAGCAGGAGGUUCAUUGAGGAAACCGAGGGAAUUGAGCCACUGCACAAAGAGUCUGUCAGCCUUUUCAUGGCACAUGUUCACACCAGUGUAAACAAAAUGAGUGCCAGGUAUUACCAGAAUGAGAGAAGACACAACUAUACCACCCCAAAGAGUUUUCUAGAACAAAUAUCACUGUUUAAGAACUUGUUGAAGAAGAAACAAAAUGAGGUGUCUCAGAAGAAAGAGCACCUGGUGAAUGGCAUUCAGAAGCUGCAGACCACGGCCUCUCAGGUGGGAGAUCUAAAAGCCAGACUUGCCUCUCAGGAAGCGGAGUUGCAACUGAGAAAUCAUGAUGCUGAAGCUCUGAUCUCAAAGAUCGGGCUUCAGACGGAGAAAGUGAGCCGGGAAAAGGCCAUCGCCGACACCGAGGAGCAAAAGGUGGGAGAUCUAAAAGCCAGACUUGCCUCUCAGGAAGCGGAGUUGCAACUGAGAAAUCAUGAUGCUGAAGCUCUGAUCUCAAAGAUCGGGCUUCAGACGGAGAAAGUGAGCCGGGAAAAGGCCAUCGCCGACACCGAGGAGCAAAAGGUCAACCUCACUGAGCUGAAAGCUUUUCCCAAUCCCCCAAAUGCGGUUACCAAUGUUACUGCGGCCGUGAUGGUCCUUCUGGCUCCUCGGGGCAGGGUGCCCAAAGACCGAAGUUGGAAAGCAGCUAAAGUCUUCAUGGGAAAGGUUGAUGAUUUUUUGCAAGCGUUAAUUAACUAUGACAAAGAACACAUUCCAGAGAACUGUCUAAAAGUGGUGAAUGAACAGUAUUUGAAAGACCCAGAGUUUAAUCCAAACCUGAUUCGGACCAAAUCUUUUGCAGCAGCUGGUCUCUGUGCCUGGGUCAUCAACAUCGUUAAAUUCUAUGAGGUCUACUGUGAUGUGGAGCCCAAACGCCAAGCAUUAGCCCAAGCAAACUUGGAGUUGGCUGCAGCUACUGAAAAACUAGAGGCUAUCAGGAAAAAGCUUGUGGAUCUGGAUCGAAAUCUGAGCAGACUCACAGCUUCGUUUGAAAAAGCAAUAGCUGAGAAAGUCCGGUGUCAAGAAGAGGUGAAUCAAACCAGCAAAACUAUUGAACUAGCUAACAGACUGGUCAAGGAACUUGAGGCAAAGAAGAUUCGCUGGGGUCAGUCUAUUAAGUCCUUUGAAGCUCAAGAGAAGACCCUCUGUGGAGAUGUUCUCCUUACCGCGGCGUUCGUGUCUUAUGUUGGACCCUUCACAAGGCCGUAUCGCCAGGAGCUGGUGAACUGCAAGUGGGUUCCCUUUCUUCAACAGAAGGUUUCCAUUCCAAUAACCAAAGGCCUGGACUUGAUUUCCAUGUUGACGGAUGAUGCUACGAUUGCUUCCUGGAACAACGAAGGACUGCCCAGUGACAGAAUGUCCACCGAGAACGCCACCAUCCUAAUGCACUGUGAGCGCUGGCCCUUGGUGAUAGAUCCCCAGCAACAGGGAAUUAAGUGGAUCAAGAAUAAGUAUGGACCUGACCUGAAAGUCACACAUUUAGGCCAGAAAGGGUUUUUGAAUACCAUUGAAACUGCUUUGGCCUUUGGUGAUGUCAUCUUAAUUGAAAAUCUUGAGGAAACGAUAGAUCCGGUUCUUGAUCCGCUGCUUGGCAGGAACACUAUUAAAAAAGGAAAGUAUAUCAGGAUUGGAGACAAAGAAUGUCAAUUUAACAAGAACUUUCGCCUUAUCCUUCACACAAAACUGGCAAAUCCUCACUAUAAGCCAGAAUUACAAGCUCAGACAACCCUCCUCAAUUUCGCAGUCACAGAAGAUGGUCUAGAAGCCCAGCUGCUGGCAGAGGUUGUCAGUAUUGAAAGGCCAGAUUUGGAGAAGCUUAAGUUGGUUUUGACAAAGCACCAAAAUGAUUUUAAGAUCGAGCUGAAAUAUCUGGAGGACGAUCUCCUGCUGCGUCUUUCUGCGGCAGAAGGAAGCUUUCUGGAUGACACCAAACUGGUAGAGAGAUUGGAGGAGACAAAGGCCACUGCAGCAGAAAUAGAACGCAAGGUGAUUGAAGCCAAAGAAAAUGAAAGAAAAAUCAACGAGGCCCGAGAAUGUUAUAGACCAGUAGCAGCAAGAGCAUCUCUUCUUUAUUUUGUUAUUAAUGACCUCAGAAAAAUCAACCCCAUCUAUCAAUUCUCUUUGAAGGCUUUUAACGUGCUGUUCCACAGAGCGAUCGAGCAGGCUGACAAGGUAGAAGACGUGCAGGGGCGCAUCUCCAUCCUGACGGAGAGCAUCACCCACGCCAUCUUCCUAUACACCAGCCAGGCACUGUUUGAGAAGGACAAACUCACCUUCCUGUCCCAGAUGGCUUUUCAGAUUUUGCUGAGAAAGAAAGAGAUUGACCCCCUUGAACUGGAUUUCCUACUUCGAUUCACAGUUGAACAUACUUACCCAAGUCCUGUUGACUUCCUAACGACUCAGUCAUGGAGUGCUAUCAAGGCAGUUGCCCUUAUCGAAGAAUUUCGAGGCAUAGACCGAGAUGUGGAAGGAUCUGCCAAGCAGUGGAGGAAGUGGGUAGAAUCCGAGUGUCCAGAGAAAGAAAAGUUACCACAAGAAUGGAAGAAGAAAAGUUUAAUACAGAAGCUGAUUAUUUUGAGAGCACUGCGCCCUGACAGAUUGACAUAUGCUCUCAGAAAUUUCGUGGAGGAAAAACUGGGUGCAAAGUAUGUGGAGAGGACCAGAUUGGAUUUAGUUAAAGCAUUUGAAGAAAGCAGCCCGACCACGCCAAUAUUCUUCAUCCUGUCCCCAGGGGUAGAUGCCCUUAAAGACCUAGAGAUUCUUGGCAAAAGGCUUGGGUUUACAAUUGACUCUGGAAAAUUCCACAACGUGUCUUUAGGACAAGGUCAGGAGAUGGUGGCACAAAUGGCACUGGAGAAAGCCUCCAAAGGAGGACACUGGGUCAUACUCCAGAAUGUCCAUUUGGUAGCCAAGUGGCUAGGAACCUUGGAGAAACUCCUUGAAAGAUUCAGCCAAGGAAGCCACAGAGAUUACAGAGUUUUCAUGAGUGCUGAUUCUGCACCUACACCAAAUGAGCAUAUCAUCCCUCAAGGACUUCUGGAAACUUCCAUCAAGAUCACUAAUGAACCCCCCACAGGAAUGCUGGCCAAUUUACAUGCUGCCCUCUACAACUUUGAUCAGGAUACACUUGAAAUGUGCUCCAAGGAUCAGGAAUUUAAAAGCAUCCUCUUUUCUCUGUGCUACUUCCAUGCCUGUGUUGCUGGGAGACUAAGGUUUGGCCCACAGGGCUGGAGCCGAAGCUAUCCUUUCAAUCUCGGAGACCUCACCAUUUGUGCCAAUGUCCUCUACAACUACUUAGAAGCAAAUCCUAAGGUCCCAUGGGAAGACCUCCGUUAUCUCUUUGGUGAGAUCAUGUAUGGGGGCCACAUCACAGAUGACUGGGAUCGCAGACUGUGUCGGGUGUAUUUAGAAGAAUUCAUGAAUCCAUCUCUGAUUGAAGAUGAACUUAUGCUGGCACCAGGAUUUGCAGCCCCACCCUACCUAGAUUAUUCAGGCUACCACCAGUACGUAGAAGAGAUGCUUCCUCCAGAAAGCCCCACACUGUACGGCCUCCACCCAAAUGCUGAAAUAGAAUUCCUGACAGUGACAUCCAGCAUCCUCUUCAGAACUUUGCUGGAGAUGCAGCCCAGGAAUGCACUAAGCGGUGAUGAACUGGGGCCAUCUACAGAAGAAAAGGUUAAGAAUGUCUUGGAUGACAUUUUGGAGAAACUUCCAGAAGAGUUCAACAUGGCAGAGAUAAUGCAAAAAACCUCAAAUAGAAACCCCUAUGUUCUUGUUUGCUUCCAAGAAUGUGAGAGGAUGAAUAUUCUCAUUCGGGAAAUCCGUGCAUCACUUCAACAAUUAGACCUUGGUUUGAAGGGGGAGCUGACAUUAUCUCCCGACGUGGAAGCCCAGCAGUCUGCGCUGAGUUAUGACACGGUGCCAGACGCUUGGAGCAAACUGGCUUAUCCCUCUACUUACGGCCUAGCCCAAUGGUUUAAUGACCUCCUCCUGCGAUGCCGAGAACUUGACACUUGGACACAAGACCUUGUCCUCCCAGCUGUAGUGUGGCUUUCUGGUUUCUUCAAUCCUCAGGCCUUCUUAACCGCAAUCAUGCAGACCAUGGCUCGAAAAAAUGAGUGGCCCCUGGAUAAAAUGUGCUUGACUGUUGAUGUUACCAAAAAAACCAAGGAAGACUAUGGCCAUCCCCCCAGGGAAGGUGCAUAUCUCCAUGGGCUCCUCAUGGAAGGUGCCAGAUGGGACACCCAGUCAGGAACCAUUGUUGAAGCCUGCCUGAAGGAGCUGACAUCCACGAUGCCAGUCAUCUUUGCGAGAGCCAGCCCCGUGGAUAGACAAGAAACCAAACACACCUAUGAGUGCCCCGUGUAUAGAACCAAACUGAGAGGGCCCAGCUACAUCUGGACCUUCAGGCUGAAGAGCAAAGAGAAGACUGCAAAAUGGGUGCUGGCAGGAGUGGCUCUGCUGCUAGAAGCAUAG